AUGCCCGCUUCAAUUUGUGACCCAGUAUCCAGCGCAUUGCGUUUGUCUUUAACUGCAGAAGAUUCCUCAAACUCUUCUUUAUUAGAUAGAAGACUUUACUCAUCAGCAAAGAGUGUUCUACUGUCUAAAAUUGAAUUUGAAGAAUCUGGUGACUAUCAAAGCAAUGUUCUCGAUGGUUUGAAGUCUAAAUACGUGGUUAUACGUAAAAAACCUGUGCUUGAAAGUAAAUUACUUAAAAAAGAUGUUAAUUCAGUGAAUCAAAAUACAGAGAACUCAAAAAACGGUGAUGAAGGUUUGCCAAAACCUAAGAGGGUUUUCUUCCCUGUUGAAAAAGUACAAUUGGGAUGGCAAAGUGCCUGGGCAGCGGGCGCUGGUAUGCAGAAUGUUGGUAACACCUGCUACCUUAAUUCAACAUUACAAGCCCUUUUUCAUGUACCUGCCUUCGCUAAUUGGCUUGUAUCUGAAUGUACACACGCUGAGAAAUGUAAUCAAGAAGAGGCUUGUGUUAUUUGUGGUAUGAGAGCAACACUGAUGGCUACUCAGAAGAGUGGUGGAGCAGCAAUCAAGCCUUGGCAGGUUUACUCCAAGUUGCGGCUCAUAUGUAAACAUUUAACGCCAGGUCGUCAAGAAGAUGCCCAUGAAUUUCUGAGAUAUCUUGUGGAGGCUAUGGAAAAGUGUUAUCUCUCACGUCUUAUAAAUGCUGACAAACUGGACCAGUACAGCAAGGAAACCACUCCAUUGAAUCAGAUUCUCGGUGGUUACCUUCGUUCAACUGUCCGUUGUCUUGCGUGCCACCAUCUUUCUACCACCUACCAACAUUUUCAAGAUUUGCUCUUGGAUAUAAGAAAACAUUCAACAUUGGAUGAAGCUUUGGAUUCAUUUUUUUCCAGAGAAAGAUUAGAAGAUUUAGGUUAUAAAUGUGAAGCUUGUAAUAAGAAGGUAUCAGCAACUAAACAGUUCUUCAUAGAGAGGGCGCCGAUGGUGCUCUGUAUUGCACUCAAACGAUUCUCUCUCGCCGGUGGGAAGUUAUCAAAGCAUGUGCAGUUUAGAAAAAAAAUUAAUCUUAACAAAUAUAUUUAUAAUAAAAAUAAUCCUCAUCAGUUGUCUUACAAAUUGGUGAGUCUUGUAACACAUCUUGGACCAUCACAGAACUCGGGCCACUACACUGCCAUAGGACAGGCUCCUAACAGCAACUACUAUCAAUUUGAUGAUAAUUAUGUCCGACCCAUACCUCUGUCUGCAGUCCUGGGAACUAACGCGUACAUUAUGUUUUUCGAAAAAGAUAAUACAAUUGAAGAUUCAGUGGUUCCCACUGCUUCAACUUCGAACGUCGUGUACGGCCCUCAGUUGCCUGAUAACAUACUCAACAGGGACAAGAGCCCUUUAAAACUAACAUUCUACAGGAAUGAGGACAGAAAACCCGUCACAUUGAAUUCGACCGCCGUGGAUUCAAAAACAGACCUUAAACCCGUCAUACUUAACUCAACACUCAGCAAAUCAUCAGAGUCUAACAAUUCAAAUUCAGAACCCUGGGUCGUCAAACAAAACGGUGAAGUAGAAAAAGUCACCCAGGGAACGAGAAUAUUGAACGGCGCAGACAAGAGUGUACAGAAAACAGACGAGGAUAUCAAAGUUAGUUUUAUAAUAAAGAAGCAGAACGGGGAGGAGAGCCAAAGUAAACCUAAAGUAUCAAAAAGUGAUUCGGAUCUUAGAUCCACUACUAAUGUAGGUAACAAGAUAUUAGAGAAAAGCGCUUCGGUUAGUAAGUUAGUGAAAUUAUCAAAGUCGCCGCUAGAGAAACUCGAAGAACAAAUGAACAAAAACGAUGCAGCCAACGGUGUACACAGAAACGGGAGUAUGGGGUCCAAGUUGGUUCCAUACGACUCGGAGUCGAGCAGCGACGAGCGGACCGCGGACGACAAGGAACAGAACAAGAAACAGAAACCCAGCAGGUGCGACUCUCCGCAGACACUCAUAGUGACCACCCGCGCCGCGCAGCACACGUGGACCGUCUGCAAGGAGAACAGCGGCCCGCUGCUCAGCCCCAGCCUCAACGGAGACACCAACAAGAAGGCGAAGGAGGAGAGGCGAGGUGACGAAGAGAGUCCAAACACCAGCGUCAGUAGUAUGUCUCCGCUCAGUGACCGCAGCGAGGUGGUGGGCGCGUGUCCGGCCCCCGCGCCCCCUGCCACCCCCGCCGCGCCCAUCCUCAACGUGGAGACAGCCCGCCACCUACACGGACUGUCACACCGAGGGUAUGGCGCGCCCGUCAACACGUGGAACGGAACACACAGCGCUAUGUCGCGACAGGUGUUUGAAGAGAGACGCGAAGAAAGGAAACGCGCUCUCGAAGCGACAGACGAUAUGGACCGGGGACGGACUAAGAAAGUGAAGAAAUUCCACCACUACAACAGAUUCAAUAAUAAUAGGAAUGGUUAUAAUCCAUUUCAGGAAAAACAAAACAAACUACACUGGGGCGGUAAUUUUAAGUACCGCGGAGACAGGCGACCCACACAUCACUUCAACAAACACCACAGUAAUAAGUACAAACGAUUUAACAGGUACAGUAACAAUCACCACUACCCGCGUCAUCAUUGA